CACUCUAUACUGUUUAUGAUAACUGAACAAAAUACACAUUACUAUUACAUUAUUUUAGCUGAUUUUAUAAAAUUGUUUAUUUUGCAGGUUAGAGAAUAUGAGUUGAAAAAAGUGAACUUUUCAGAGACAGGAAACUUUGGGUUUGGUAUCCAGGAACACAUUGACUUGGGAAUUAAAUAUGAUCCCUCCAUUGGAAUUUAUGGCAUGGACUUCUAUGUUGUACUAAAUCGACCAGGUUUCAACAUUGCAUACAGACGACAGAGAAAAAGUAAGAUAGGUCCACAGCACAAGAUUUCAAAAGAGGAAGCCAUGAAAUGGUUUCAGCAGAAGUAUGAUGGUAUCAUUCUUCCUGGAAAGUAAAA